UUGCUUUCGCUUUGGGGAAAACAUAGAGAAAAUAAGCAAAACGCCAUAUUGCCUAAUGGAAGGUGAAAUGUUUUCGUUUAAUGGGAUGUGUUGUUUUUCGCGAAAAUGUGCGUUAAAUGUUUGAACACAGUUUGAAAUUACGCUAAUGAAGCUUUCCACUUAGCGUAGUUUAAGAAAAACUAUAUUACACAGAUAGGCAGACUAAUAAUUGGUAGAUAUAUUAAAAAUUGGGACUAUUAUUCAUUGGAAGAUCGUACGACGGAUUUAUGGGGAUUGAUGUUGUGUUAUUGUAUUUCAUAUAUUGUCAUAAUUAUGAAGUAUUUACAUAUUUGUACUAGCUUCGUGCAGAAUUUAAUCUUUUACUCUCGAUGUGAUGUGUUGACAUUUCUCUCAUUAAGUUACCGUGUAACCAUUCACGAUUAGAACAUGUGGUUUACCAAUAUCUUUACGCAAAUUUCGUGCCUACCAUUAUCCUUUGUUAAUGACUGAAAUUAAAUCUGAAGAUUGGCGUAUUUCACCGGGUAUCGGCUACUGUGUUUGAAUGAAACGCCUAUUGUCAUUCAGAUCUACAGUACAAAUUUUCAUGCCUUAUUGAAUUUAGUUUAAAUAUUACCAUUGUGCCAAAGUUGACUUCCACUGUAUUUUUUAUUUAUACAGCAAAGUCUAGUAAUAUAGCUUGAUUGUAGUUCUGGUAAUUUACCGUGUGAAGUUGGUGUUUGGCCAUUUUUUCAAACUACGUAUAAUUAAGAAGAGCUCCAAUGAUUUCCUGCAUAAAUCCUACGCUGCUGGUUUUCCUAUGCCUCUACCUAGGGCUGUGUGCGGGCCGCAUGGCGGUGUCUCGGACCUCGUACUGCGAGCACUACAACGCCUCCAGCUGCGCCGGCGACGGCUGCCUGGAAGUGCAGGAGUGCGAGCAGCCCGAGCCGGAGAAGCGGAACCACUGCUUCGUCCUGUGGCACAACAACAGGAGCGGGGAGCCCGUCGUGCAGUUGAAGGGUUGCUUCCUGAACAACAUAGACUGUUACAACCGGUCCAAGUGUGUGGAGACGCGGGAGGAGCCGAAGAAUGCCUAUCUGUUUUGCUGCUGCGAGGGCGACAUGUGCAACCGCAACUUCAGCUGGGAGCCGGCCCCCACCACGGCACCGCCCCCGGAGAGCACAGCAAGUGUAUCCUACAUUGGCAGCAACAGUCAUGAGAUCCUGCUGUAUAUCUUGGUACCUAUUGGUGGUCUCACCAUGAUUUUCCUUCUCAUGUUCUGGCUGUAUCGAAAGCGACGCUUCUCCUACUUUAACGAGAUUCCAACGAUUGAGCCACAUCCAUUGCCUCCCCCGUCUCCUUUCUUGGGCCUGCGCCCCAUCCAGCUGCUGGAGAUAAAGGCCAGGGGAAGGUUUGGGGCAGUGUGGAAAGCUCAGUACAAAACUGAAAUGGUUGCUGUCAAGAUUUUCCCCAUACAGGACAAACAGUCGUGGGUGACAGAGCAGGAGAUAUUCAAGUUGCCACAGAUGGACCACGCCAACAUUCUCCGCUUCAUCGGCGUGGAGAAGCGCGGCGACAACCUGCAGGCAGAGUUCUGGCUCAUUACCGCCUUCCACGAGACGGGCUCUCUGUGCGACUACCUCAAGGCCAACACUGUGACGUGGUUGGAGAUAUGCCGCAUCGCGGAGUCCAUGACCAGGGGUCUGAUGCACCUUCACGACGAGGUGCCUGCCAACAAGGCCGUUGGUUUCAAGCCAGCCGUCGCUCACCGGGACUUCAAGUCCAAGAAUGUUCUCCUGAAGAGCGACCUGACGGCUUGCAUCGCGGAUUUUGGCCUGGCACUCAUCUUCCAGCCGGGGAAGCCGUGCGGCGACACCCACGGCCAGGUCGGCACGAGGCGUUACAUGGCUCCAGAGGUGCUCGAAGGGGCCAUCAACUUCUCCAGGGACGCGUUCCUCCGCAUCGACAUGUACGCGUGCGGCCUGGUGCUGUGGGAGCUGGUGUCCCGGUGCACCGCGCAGGAGGGACCCGUCCCGGAGUACGCGCUGCCCUUCGAGGAGGAGGUGGGGCUGCACCCCACGCUCGAGGACAUGCAGGAGUGCGCAGUGCAGAGGAAGGCACGGCCGGCCCUGCGGGAGGCGUGGCGCGGCCACGCGGGCCUGCUCGCCCUCUGCGACACCAUGGAGGAGUGCUGGGACCACGACGCCGAGGCCCGCCUGUCGGCCUCGUGCGUGCUGGAGCGCGUGGCGCUGCUGUCGCGGCUGCCGCCUCCUCCGCCCCGCAUCCUUCCGCCGCUCUCGCAGUGAGAUUACGUUAUCAAGUACCUGCUCUUCUCUACAGUACCUGGAAAACAAGAACAUUUUGUAAUCACAGUUAACAAUACCUAUUAUAAAAACCAUUCAACAUGAAUGAAACAUACCUCUGUUAAUACUGCAUGCCGCAGCAAGCUGAUAACUGUGACAUCACCAUAGUUAGUUGUAAGCAGUCUCGCUAUAAAGAGUCAGUGUUUUAUGCAUGCGUUGCAUUGGAACAGUGAAGCCAGUGUGUGUGAUGAUUUUAGUGAAAUACGUUUUGCUUAAUGUAUGAUGGAACUGUUUUUCCACAUGCAUCUACAGCAUUGUUUUUGUUACACUCAUAUUAUGGCAAGUUUUUCUCACAAUAGUCGUAUCUUUCUUUCUGCUGAUGAAACAAUAAAGCAGAGCUUUUUCAAGCAAGUUCUUUCAAAAAAAAUUCUCGACAUUUUUCUUUAGUUAAUAACUUACAAAAUAGUUUUAAAUUGCAGUACCAGGAAGUAGUGAGCACAGCAUAACUUGGACUUUACAGCUUUUUUUUAUAGUUAUAUUGUGCCAUUACAUCAGUACUUAUCUAACUAAACAGUAAAGGUAAAAAAAAAUAUUGUAAUAAUGCCAUGACAUGUGUGUUAUGAAAACAAAAUCAAUUUUCAAGUGUACGCAUGGCCAACACGCUGUAGUACACAGAAUGUAAGCAAUGUUUUGUCUCGCCUGCGAUGAUGUGAAGUUUUUAUGUAAUUUUGAAGAUGUAUGAUUUUUUUUACUGGUGUUAAAUAUUUAUAACUUCCUAAGUAAUUUUUUAGUUCUCUGCGUGGACUUUGUACUUGUACAGUUUUUUUACUGUGUUUAUUACAUUUUAUGAUUUUUGGGGAUUUUUCGAUGAACUGCAUCAGAGCAUCACUUUAAUAAAAUAAGAAUAAUGGUUAACUUAGCUAUCUGACCAUGUUUUCCAGUGUAUUAAUGAUGUUAAAGCUGACUACUGAAGUAGAAAUGUGGUAGUAGUAAAAAAUGGAAGAUGAGCUGCUGCAUAAACAGGCAUACUGGCUUUCUUUAAUGACGACAAUUUCCUCCCUUUCUCCCCCCGUAAUCACCUCCUUCACAAGACUAGUAUUAAUGUCAAAAACCUCCCAUCACACCCUCCCAAGCACUCAAAUUGUGCCAGACUCGUAAAUAAACCUUACUUAGUUUUCUGUAGCACCAACUAUGUGCAUAACAUCGUUCUGCAACCAAAUUGUUCCAUGAUGCAUUUUACUUGAUUGAAAAAAGUAAAACAAUAGAAAAGAGCAUUGUGCUGCACAGACCGCUGGGAUCAGUCGCAUGUUUGUUUCUCUCCGUGUGUUCCCGAGUACUAUCAACAACCCCAUCUGGGACUCCUAGGCCUAAUAAAUUGGCCAAUGUGAUGGGCAAAUAAAAUGUCAAGGGUCUUUAUCUUCUGAAUCUGAAAUAAAUAAAUUCAUAUAACUCAAAAAUGUGGCAAUUUCAGCUAGGUUGUUUCUCAGGGUAAAAUGACAUUGAUUGCCAUCAAACUCGGUUAAGGAGAACAUUUUAAAUGGCAUCUUAGGACUUCUGGUGUUGGGUUUAUAUAUCUGAAUCAUCCUUUUACACAAUUAAAAUAAAGGGUGGUAUGCGAUAUGACAUAUGACACUUAAAAAACUGGAGGAAUUCUGUUAAUGAAAAUCCCUAAAAUAAGACAGAAGAUACUAUGGCGUUUAAUGAUGUAAUAAUUUUUAUUUUUGAGGAAUUUAAUCCCGUAAAUUUUUUGGAAGACAAAUUAAGGUCUGGAUACAAACAUAAGCAUUUCAAAGAAACAACACAGUAUUUUACACAACAGUAAACUACAUGUAAUUCAGUCUGGCUAGCUCCAGUCCCAUACUGCGAUAAAGGAUUUACAAAAACUUAGUAUUAAUAUUAAGUAGUGUUUGUUUUUGUUUACGCUUGCUUAAUAUUUUGCUAUUUUUAAUACCAUGUUCCAUUUUCGGCCAGCUGGAAGCUCUGAAUGUUGUGCUACUUUUUCAGUUGAAACUUUAUUUAAUUAACAGUAAAAUGUGAUUGUGUUGAGUGCAUCUGAUCUGUUUUUUUUUUUUUUUUUUGGUUGUUUAAUGUUUGCACAUUUUUACAAAAUUAGUGCUGCACCAUUUACAACACUGUUCACUUUAUGAAGGAAAAUUCUUUUUACAUUUAAUUUAGAAAUACCUGCGCUAUUAUGGAUUUUACUCUGCAAGUAUGAACCUUUCUUCCUAUGACUACACACACUAUACAUGUUAAAGCAGCAUCUUGAAUGCUAACUCAACCAAAAUAAACGAAUGUGGUUAAGUUAAAGUCUAUUCAGCCAGGCCACUGAGCUUGUAUUGUGUUUUGUAGUUACUUAUCACUAUUAACUGUACAUGUGUAAACUUUUGUGUCGAUUGUAGCCCAGUCUUUACGUACUAAUUUAAAAAAAAAACAUUGUUUAACAUGGUACUCGAACCAAACCAACGUGCUAGAAGUCAUAAAGACACUGACCUCUGUACCACUAGGUACCAUAGUGAGGAAGAGAGAACUUUGAGUUUGUAAAUGUAUGUUUUGAGGGAUAUGCUUUGCUGAAAACUAACAACUAUGUUUGGCUUUUGUUAAAACUUUUUGUUUCAUGUUCGAGACACCAUGUCAAUGCUACUGAAUUACAUGUGUUCAGGAAUUUUUUUUAAUCUUAAAUUGACUAUAUAUACACUAGUAUAAAUUUAUUUGAAUUUAAUGUGUGCUGGAUUAAUUUUUAUUAGAUAUCUACACAGUUAACAGUUUUGUUAUUCAUAUGGAGUAGUAACAUUCAGUGAGACAACAUUGAAGUAAAACCUGAACUUUGCCAUUGCCAGGAGAGUGGUCACCUUGUGGCAUUACCUCAUUUUGCCAAUGCCACAUCUUCCGUUUUUAGAACAGGAAAAUGUGUAUGUAAUAAGUACCAUGAAUUUUGGUUUUCUCUUGUUCUGUCAUUAAAUAAAUACAUUGUGUCUUUUUAGUGUUUACACACUGAUAAUCAUAAUCAAAUAUGAAACAAUUUUGGUUUUUGAAACUUUUUCUGGUUUUGUUGGUUCUAAAAAGUACAGUAGAGUCCCGCUAAUCCGAACCCCGCUAAUCCGAAAAUCCGCCUAAUCCGAACAGGGCUAGGAUAAAAAAAAAUUAUAUCAUUUAAGAACUAAGAAAAGUAAAGAAAAACAAGUUUUUUCAAGUAAUGUUGUACGUUUAUUAAUAUGUGCAUAAGAAACUUAUAAUUUAUCUAUCUCUCUAUGUGAGUAAUUAAAAAUAUUAUGACACUAAAUAUGUACGCUAAAUAAUAAAGGUGUAUUUUUCGUCUGACCUUCCUUAUAUAUUUGAUAUAUCAGACACUAAAUACGCCUCAAAAAGACAAUAUAUGGCAUUAUACGACAAAAUUCAGCCUAAUCCGAAUUUUCGCUAAUCCGAACAGGGUUCGGUCCCAAUUAGUUCGGAUUAGCGGGAUUCUACUGUAUAUUCAUUAGAGACAUUGCUGAUAACACAACUAAGUGGGAAUUCAUUUGCUGCCUGGUGCACUGUUAUUAAUUAUUAUAGGCAGACUACCUGGUGAUUGCACCAUUUAUUCAAACCUAAAAGUGGUAAUAGUGUGUAUUAAAUGUUUUUUUUCCGUGUUGUAUCUGUAUAUUGUACCAGUUAACAGAAUUGCUCCUAUUUACGUACCUGAAAUGUGUUGAUAUUGAUAGUUUUGCUAGAAAGCCUAGUUGCACAGUCACUCAGUCCCUUAUUACAACCUAGUUUGAUACAUACCGUGCACUGCUAGAGGGUAUUUUUGUCAUUGAAUCAAUUAUGUUAAUGUGCAUUUGAAUGAGAGUCAAAAAGUAAAGUCUGUGUAUGUUUGCUGCACCUUAUAUGUACAUAUGUAGAUACAUACCUUUAAAUACAGUGAGUGUUGCACAUAACUUCCAGUCACAAGACAUGUAUAUAAAUGUAUGCAUGUGCUAGAAAAAUUGUGUGUUGUAGCACAUGUAUGUCUUUAAAAAGCCUACAACAGUUUUGCAAAAUUAUGCUACAUAAUCAUUUUUUUGUGUUGAAAAAAAAAAGUAAAAAUACUUUUUGCUGCAUGCCAGCCUACAGAAAUUACGUGCAGUAUUUCUUCGCAGUAUGAACAGUCUUUACUUUUUGAUGUCCUUUUGUUAAUGUGCAUGUGUGUAAUUUCUACCUCUUGUACAUGUUCCUAGAAAGUGCAAGAAUUUGAAAGUGUGUUCUUGUGUGAGGGGAAAAUUUUUGUCUCAUAGUCACUAUUUUUCAUGGCCGAAACAAAACUCACUUUCAAUUCGACUAUGAAACACAAUUUUUACGGUGCAACUGUCCAGCGCAUGAGUUCCCGAACAUUUGUGUGCGCCUCACAUCAUCAAGGGUGAAAGUGUGACAGAGAAUCUUUCAGAUGUGCGUUUGUGGAAACCAUUUGUAAAGUCAUAUUUUUAUGUUAAUAUAGUCUGUAAGGUAGGUGUUGUAUUUAAUCGUUGCUGUGUAGGAAUUAUGUGCAGUAAUGGAUGAAGACUUGUACUAAGAACUAGGAUUUUUAGCAAUCUCAGUCAUUUAUUAAAAUUGUUUUUUUGUGAAACGAACACAACAAAUACGGAAACUACAUUUUGUAUUUUGCAGGUAGUAGUUUUUAAUAUUUAAAUAUAUGUACAUAUUUUUAUUUUUAUCUGUAUUUUUGCAUUGUUUUUAAGGGAAAAAAAUUAAUUUCAUUUUGGCAAUUUUAUUUUUACAUUUUUAUUGCAGUAUUUAAUUAAUUAUGCUAUUUAGUAAAAAAAAAUCAUGUAAAGCUUGAUAUAUGUAUAAAUGCUUCAGUUAUAAAAUCUAUAUUAAAAGAGGUAGGAGGGUACAUGAAACUAUUUAUUUUUUUAUCCAGAGAAAAUAAAGAAUAAUUAUAAAUUCUUAUUUAAAGAGUUUUGGUUAACUUUUUAAAUUUUCAUAAAUUUUUUUGAAUUAAAAGUGACUCUUGAUUUUACUGAUUAAAAUCAUUAAUAAUUCAAUAGUAUUUAAUAGCCGCAUAGGUAAUGGUGACAGGACAGAACUCUUUUAGCCACAUAUGCAUUUUAAUUCUCAAGAUGAUGCUGUGAAUGAUGUUCAAUGAAUUGAGCGAGCUCUUGUGAAAAUUACCUAAGAUAUUAAACCUAUCAAGUAGACCUGUGCAAAUAUGUUUUUUAGUUCAAAACAAAUACGAAAACCAAAUUAUUCUCGUAUAUGAAUAUUGUAUUCGAAAAGUAAGAAUGAUGAUUAGAAUCCCACUCAAAAUUUUUUUUCACAUCAUGUAGCAAAUACAUAAGGAAAGAAAAAAUUGAAUGUGCAGUGUAGUACCAUCUGGGAAAUUAAACAAAUAAUACUAAAGUGAAACUAAAGUGAAAAGUUGGUUAGGUUAAGUUAGCACCUAUAAUUGUACGUUAAAAUUUGUUAGAAUAUUUAAAUUGUGUCUUUAAUUAUGCAGCUGACCUAGCCAACAAAAAUUUCAUUUCACUUACCAUAUUUACCAGCGGCAGGGUCACACCUUUAAUUUUGGCCCAAAAAAUGUAGCGUUUUCACCGUAAGGGCCGCCUAAAGUAUGGGCCGCAUCCUGUAUCUGUCUCCAGUAGAAUACAAGCGAAGUCUUCAUGGUCGGUCCGUGUUUCAUUGCCUCCUAAGAAACAUGGCACCGGUUCUUCAUCUCUCCCCUUGUUAUCCUUUAUGACCCAAUAAUACUAUUUUUUACACUAGUGUUUCCUUUUCCGUCUAUUGCAUUAUUUUUAUACCGUCUCCUUCUGCAAGAGAGGAGAGAUGGCAUGUUGCUCGAUUGUUUUUGUUAGUUCCUUCUGUAAAAACAAGCAGGCCCUUUACUUCAGUUUUGUUAUGGAAUGUCGCAGUAGUCAACGUGGGAAAUUUCUUUCCAAAAAAAGUUUAGUUAUAGUUUCUUUACAAAAACCUGUAGAGUUAGACGUGAUGGAUUGUGUACGGUGCCAGUUCACGGACGUUUAAAGCGAUGAGAGAGGGAGGGAGAACCGUUAACACUACUGCAUGGCUCAAACACACACGCAUGCACACACCUCUUCUUUCUCAGGCUCUGGCUGGUUUAUUUUUAGAUUUUCCCCUCUUGCCGUAGGUCUACCUAGCAGCAUACAGCCACAUCACUUGCCGGCACCGGCUGGAUAGCAGCCCAACAGGCGGCAGGCACAGCACAAUGCUUUACACGCCUUGCCGAGAUAUUUUAAUCAAACAAUUUUUACUUGCUCGUAACAUAUUUAUUUAAAAACAACACAGGCUAGUAAUUUAAGCAAAUAGUCAACCACAACCGUGCAAUGUUAAUUUUUUUUUACCCAAAAUUAAAAAAAAAAAUUUGCAUAUGGGUCACAGUACAUUAUAUUGAACAAAAAAUCAGCCAUCUGCCUUAUUUUCCAGAACCUGCUGUUCUACAUAUUGAUCCAGAACAUUUUUGUAAACCGCAAAAUAUAAUAAAUUCUGAUCUAUUUCGUGAAAAAUGUGAUUUUUUUUUUUAAAGCUGUGUUCCUAAGUUAGUGAUUAAUUGAGCUGAUAUUUACAUGUUUAAACCAUAGUAACUCUCACGUUUUCGUUAAUGGCACCCAGGUGAAGUGUAUUUUAGUUCAGCAAUAUUAGAAACAAUUUUUGCUAACCUGAUAUCUGAUAUCUGAAACCAUAAUUUUUCCCCUGUUUUUUUGUUUUUGAUUCACAGCAUCUGUUUCGUCAUAGAUACAAAGAGCAAGUAAGCUGCUACUGUGUUGAUUGUGACUAGAUUUAUACACAUUUGAAACUAUGGUGUUCUUUUCUUUUAAUGGCCAUCGCAGUGGAAUGUCCGUAUUUUGUGAUGUAGUCCAUGGUUUUUGACGUUAAUUUAUUUUUUUCCUGCUACCGGUACAUGUGAUAAAAUUAAUACAAUUCAUAUUUGGUUUUCAAGUUUGAAAUGUCACAAAUAUGCCAUGUGUUGAAACGUUCAUACAAUUUUUCCGUUUCUGUUUAGCGAGUUAGUACUGCAAAAAAAAAUUUGAAUACUUUUGCAUGUUUAAAAUUUUGCUUAUUGUUGAUGUUUUUUUAAAAAUUAGGUCCCAUUAAAACAUCGAAAAUGGGUAAUUAUAUCACACAAAUGACUUAAGCUGAACAGUGAAUGUUGGUAUACAACUCACUAGUUAUGCUAUGUCAAAUAUUCAUAAGUGAACGAAUAUUCAUUAUUUGAAAGUACAUAUUUGUAUUCUAGGUUGAAAUGAAUUCAAAUAAUAAACUAUUCAUAUUUGAGAAUUAAAAUAUUUGCACAGGCCUGCUAUCAAGCAAAUAAAAGAACUAUGAAAUUUUUUUUAUAGCAGGGAAGGAUGUAAAUCCUUAAGACCUGUCUACAACUUAUUUGAUGCUAAAUGGUUAACACUAUAUGUAACAAUAAAGAGACAUUAGUUACUUGAAACAACCAAUCUGAAAAUUGCCAAGUAAAUAAGAAAUAUGUAAUUCCAUAGACCUAGACAUUAUUAUUAAUUAUUAUUAUUAUGUUACAUUGGUCUAAUUUCAGCUUAUUUUUUCAGGCAUUAUUUAAGUUUAUUUUUAGGCUUCUAAAAGUUGAGGAAAAGUUACAAUGUAUGAUUAAAUAUUUUUUUUUGGCAUACUGUAGGAGAACACAGAUUAAAAUCAUUAAAGUACACAUAAUGUUCGCAUAGAAAUGAGUGUUGUAUUUUUUUCAUCCUACCAAUGAAGUCAUACCACUGAUGCAUCAAAUUAAAUUCAUAGUUCUCUUUGACUUUUAUUGUAGGUGACAUAUUUUGAUAGGUUAGCAUUAAAUGUAAAAAAAUUUUUGGAUGAGGCCAACUUUAAACACGGUUGUGUUCAGCAAUGCUAAAUGUGGUUGAUGAGGGUGCUAUUUCUAUGUGUGUGUCAAGUCUUUAAGUAAUGUGUUUUGUAACACCAAAUGAAUUGUAGACGGGGCUUUACACAUUUAAGAUUACCAUUUUAUGUAUCUGCACACUCACAGGAGUUGCUAACCUAUGUUUGUAUUGCAAUAGCAAAGAAUAGUUCCUAAGUUGAGUGUCUUUCCAAGCAUUUAUUCAACUUGUAUUUUACAGGUAUUGGAACACGGUGAACAGUAAGGCUUGUUAAAGAUGUUCCUGUGUAAGAAGUUUUCACAGCUACUUUUAACACUUAAAUAUUUCUGCCAUUCUCUCCAUAUGAUGUGUAUUAUAUUUUCCUGUUUAAGUAUUUAUUAUUUCAUUUACUGUACAUGAUGAUGUAAUUUCUCAAUUGAAAUGCACUAUUUCUCGGGAAAAAACAAGCCUCAGUAUCUUAUUUAUGAAAAAUACUUAGCUUCACAAUGUGGGCCCAAGUAAGCUACAGAAUUAUUCAAUCUAUAAAAUCACUACAUGCAGUGUGAUUGGACAGUUCAGCAGUUCUGUUUGAUUCUGUGUAGUGCACAAAUGUGGUGUAUCCGUUGGUCCCUGGCUUGCAACCGACGGCUAAACAUCUCAAAGGCACACUUUUCCGUACCUGCAGUUCCUCAGAAACCGACUAAGUCUUUGUGAAGAUAUGAAUGAGCAUGUGACUGUGGUUUGGUAUGACAGUAUGCAUUUGUUUACAAUUGUUUACCUUUUUUUAUUGGGCUUAUAAAAAACUCAGUUUUAAAAAUAAAAAGUGUUUUCAAAUAAAAA